AGCAUCUCAUUGACUACAUUGACUCCGCCAGGCGCUCACAUAGGCUACAGAUCCAGUGGUGUAGGAGACUAGAGCUUUUUUCUUUCAUGGAAAUCAUAAAUGAUUGUAAAUGACGCGUUAUCUAAUUUAUUAUUGUUGGACACGAAAUCAUAGUGGGCCUACCGGCAAAUAACUGUAAAAAGUGAUUUGCUCCGGGUUUGUGCGCGCCAGGGUUACUUCAACGUGGACCUGUUGCGCGUUUGCUUCAGUAGCCGAGUUUGCUGGGCUGUGAGCUGGACUUCACUGGACUAACUUGCGUCAGUGACUUGUGGAAUCUAGCGGGAUCUGAUGGUUUAACGCUGUUUAACAACCGCAGCGCCGCCUGCCAGAACACCUCGGAGUGCGGGGCAACAACACCGGAUGAUGUCUUAUCAUCUUGAAUGACUUUUUCUCCCCUUUACUCUCGCUUUUAAAACAACUUUCCAAGCGUAUCCCGUCGCUGAUUCCAACAUGACAUGGUUCAAUUUGCCAGGUCGGGAAUUGAUUGACUUCUAGGGCUAUUUGAGUGUGCGUGGACAUGGACCAGCCGCAACCUUCAGUGGUUUAAGCAGCGCUCGCCCGGGGAGCUACGAUGCGGGCUCUGGGAGCCUUCCUUCAGUCCUGCCUCGUCCUGCUGAUCCGGGCCGAUCACUGGAGGCUCAAGGACUCCGCCAACUGCGAGCUGAAUAGGAAACAAACCGACCUCAACUCCUUCCUCUGGACCAUCAAGCGUGACCCCCCUUCCUACUUCUACGGCACCAUCCACGUGCCCUACACCCGCGUGUGGGACUUCAUCCCCGAGAACUCCAAGCAGGCCUUCCAGGAGAGCAACAUUGUGUACUUUGAGCUGGACCUCACCGACCCCUACACCAUCUCGGCUCUGACCAGCUGCCAGCUGCUGCCGCAGGGGGAGAACCUCCAGGACGUCCUGCCCCGGGACAUCUACAGGCGUCUCAAGAGGCACCUGGAGUACGUGAAGCUCAUGAUGCCCUCGUGGAUGACGCCGGACCAACGGGGGAAGGGCCUGUACGCCGACUACCUGUUCAACGCCAUCGCGGGCAACUGGGAGCGCAAGCGGCCCGUGUGGGUGAUGCUGAUGGUGAACUCGCUGACGGAGGCCGACAUCAAGACGCGGGGCGUGCCCGUGCUGGACCUCUACCUGGCCCAGGAGGCGGAGCGGAUGAGGAAGAGGACGGGCGCGGUGGAGAAGGUGGAGGAGCAGUGCCACCCGCUCAACGGACUCAAUUUCUCACAGGUGAUCUUUGCGCUGAACCAGACCCUGCUGCAGCAGGAGUCCCUGCGCGCAGGCAGCCUGCAGGUGCCCUACACCACCGAUGACCUCAUCAAGCACUACAACUGUGGAGACCUCAACUCCAUCAUCUUCAACCACGACACCUCCCAGGUGCCCAACUUCAACAACGUGACGCUGCUGCCCAGCGAGCAGGUCACGGCCCAGGAGAUCGACAGCUACUUCCGGCAGGAGCUCAUCUACAAGAGGAACGAGAGGAUGGGCCGCCGGGUGCGGGCCAUGAUGGAGGAGCACCCCGACAAGAGCUUCUUCUUCGCCUUCGGAGCAGGUCACUUCCUCGGAAACAACACGGUGAUAGACGUCCUGCGUCGCCAGGGUUACGAGGUGGAGCACACCCCCGCCGGCCAGCCAAUCAGCAGGAGGUCCAGACCCUCUGACCCGACGGAGACGGAGGGCCACGGGCGGGAGGCCGCGCCCCCGCAGCUGGUGCCCUUCCUGCACGAGCUCCCGGGCCCCGAGCAGGACGCCCACCUGGGGGGCCGCUUCCACCUGGAGGGGGGGGAGGACGAGGAGGACGAGGAAGCCCUGCUGCCCCCCAGCCUGGACCUCCUGCAGAAGGCGGAGCGGCGCAGGAUGAUGAAGAAGAAGAGGAGGAACAAGCAGAAGAAGCAGCGGCACCGCCACUUCAACGACCUGUGGGUGCGCAUCGAGGAGAGCGCGAUAGUCCAGUCCCCUCCACCCCCGCUGGUGCGCAUCAUCAACGGCUACAUCACAGUGCAGCCCCCCCACCGAGGCCCCCUCAGCCCCCACGAACCCCACCACUCGCACUCCUCCUCCUCCUUCUCCAUCACCUCCUCCACCUCCUCCUCCUCCUCCUCCUCCACCUCCUCCCUGCUGGUGUGCACGGCGCUCGUGCUCCUACUGCAGCGCUCCUGGACCCUCUGAGGUCUCUGAGGGGCUAGCGGACGUCGGCGGCGGAUGUGGGAACGGCACACAAACAGAACAACAUGGCUGCAGGUCGUACGAAGGGGCAGCAGGAGGAUAGGACUCGGAAGAGGACUCGUGGGUCUCUCGGCUGUGGAGGACCUUACCGUGUUCUGCGACCGAGAGACAUGUUGGGGGGUUCACCUGGGGUACCGGGACACCACGACACGCUGGAGAACCACACGGAGGCACUUUCAGAGUUCUGCAGGGUUCUAAAGGAAUAUCGCGUCCUGUGACUCGGAACGUGCGGGAUAACGAUCAUGCUACAUUUUCUGGCACCCCCCCUUCCCCUUUGAGGAACCUUCUGGGCCGUACAGACCAUAUUUGGACCUUAUGGACAAUCGGUCGACCAAUCGGUGUUGGGGACCCGGGGAUCCAUCAGGGGAUCCGAACAGGAAGUGUUUUAGCGGUUCUUCGGCUACGUCGUCGUCAGACAUUUACAUAUCACGCUAUAACAAGCAGGACUGGCUCAAAGUCUGAUGGUUGUGAAUGAAUGGGACCAGCCCAGGUCGACACAUGAUGAGUGGCUAUCAUAGAACUGCACACCAUAUAUAUAUACAGCAAUAUAUAGCCAGCCAACAUGCAACGCUUUUAACUCCUUUAAACAAGUAUUUGACUUCAUACUUGAAGAAAGAGAUUCCGUCUGCAUUCGGACGUCAAACUCUAAUCUGAUUGGACGUGCUUCCAGAGGUCAGUGCAUCCGCGAUCAGUCUGAGCUGUCCACUAGAACCACGAUAGGGUCAAUGCCAGGUUAGACACCGUUGCUGUACUUUGUAGGAAUACAUGGGGUGAUGUAGGAAUGCAAGGUCUAUGGCCGGGUCUCCACAUCUACAGUGUAUCUGGUAGGAGGUGUCAUGGACCUCCGGCCAACAUGGUCUCCUGUGGGGGAAGGCCUUUGAAGCGCCUCUAAUGCAGAUUUGUUUUGUUCUUCAUGUUUUCACUGAAUGUAUCACAGAGCAUGUAUAUGCAUGUGUAUAUAUAUAUAUAUACAUGCAGGAAUCAUGACAUGAUAGGAUUGGCUUGCUGCAGCCUGCAUGGCUGCAGACAUGAUGCAUUAUGGGAGGUCCAACAUGAUGCUGGUUUAGGUGUGUGUGUGUGUGUGUGUGUGUGUGUGUGUGUGUGUGUGUGUGUGUGUGUGUGUGUGUGUGUGUGUGUGUGUGUGUGUGUGUGUGUGUGUGUGUGUGUGUGUGUGUGUGCGUGUGUGUCCAAAGCAUUUCCUUUAGCUCUUAGUUCUCCGACCAAGUGUUUUUUUAGGUCACUUUCAUCAUUUCUUCUUUCAGAAGAAUUUGUUUUCGUAAUCCAAAAAAUAACAUGAGGGGAAUUGUACAUAAUUGUAUCUACAUUUUCUAGAUGUAUUUUCGAAAAAGAUAAUCCAGACUUCUGUGUUGUUUAUAAAUAUAUAGCUAUUUGGAGAUUAAAUCAGGAAAUAACUACCUUGGCCCAUGUGUCCUUCUGAGGUAGGUCGUGUUGCGGAGGGAGGGAAGGGAGCUUGUAUUGUUUCAGUGUCCGUGCUCGUGUGUGUGUGUGUUUGUGUGAGUAUCCGUGUGUGCGUGUGUGUGUGUGUACAAGUGUUUUAUUCAUAAUUGCAUCUGUGCUGAAAUAGCUAUUGUUUUGUUUGACAUAGAGACUAUUUGUUUAAUUUAUUCAACUCUAGCUGUAGGUAAGUCACUUCCAAUGUUUUUUCGUUUACCGUAUGUUGCAGUCACUACUAAGUUGUCAAAUAUAUACUCUUUUUGUAUAUGUUAAUGUUCAUACAAAUUAUAUUUCAUAGCAUAUAGGGGAAGAGAGGUAUUUUAUUGCUAUACAAAAAACAGUGAAUCCAUUUUUAAUAAAUAAUACAUAAAUAAAUGAUACACACUGAGCACAUAUGACUUGGGAUUUAUGUACCUAAGUUGAUCAUCAUCAUUUAGAAUUUAAAUGACCUGCGAUUAUAUGAUUUUAAUAUUUUUACUUUAAAGUUGAAGACAAUAAAGUAUUUAUCUAGUAACUUGGCUUGGCUCUUUUUAAUUAAACAUAUGCAUGGUUUUGCUUCACCUGAUGGUAUAUUAAUGUAUCAGCUGUUGAAAAGUCUAGACAUUUAUAUUUAAUCUUGAAAUAUAAAUUCAUCGUUUAGUGCUGAGAGCUCAAACGUUACUGUUCCGUGUCUAUUUUUGAACAAAGAAAAAGUAAGAUAUGAACAUUUUUGAUUUAAACCAGACCAAUUGUCUCAAAUUUGAUCAAUAGUGUAAAGGUCCCUUUUGUAGUAACAGUAUGUUGUUUACAUUUGUUUUUAUUACAGGUGAAUAUAGUGUA